UGUCACUGUCUAACCCUCGCAUGUCCAAUCCGAGCUCUGGAUGACGGCUUGGUUGGAACGUAAAGGUUGCCUUGGUAACCAAAGCGGCCUAACGAGAGAACGCGGCCAUAGAAUCCUGGAAUAGAAGAUUAAAGGGAUCUAAACGGCAAAAGGGGAGACAGGAGAGCAAUAAUACAAUGCAUCGUGUCAAAAUGAAAUAGGGAUUAGAAGGAUGCCGUCUAACCGCUGAUACUGAUAGAGUGUGACUGUGAUCUCUCACCAUGGCAUCGCCAUCUGACAGCAGCCGUGAGGGGUGAGAUACUGUCUGCUUAGUAACUGGGCGAGUGUCUGUGAUAAUAAUGAGAGCUUCCUGCAUGCUGUGCUUUUACAGCUUGUGAUAACGUUGCGACCAGCAGCUUAUAUGAGGCAUUGCCUUGCGCGGCAUCAUGGGAAAUGUAGUCCUUGACGGCUGGUGUGCAUUGCAGCUGCUUGCCCGAGGCAUAUGAUGUGGAUCUGCACGUCCCAUGAUGCUCUUUGGUGCACCUGCAUUUAAGUGUUAUACAUAGUGUAAUAAGAGUGGACAAAAAAACAAACAAAAAAAUACUCUCAACUAUUAGCUGAAUAUAAAAAGAAUGGGAGUUGCAGUCCACAACAGCUGAGUUGCAAUAGGUUUGCUUAUCUUGUCUACAUGAAACUGCAUAGCUCAGAUAAGCAGUGUGUGACAGUAUUUACUGUGUAUGUCAACAUGCAUGUUAGUGUGUAUUCUUGUCUUGGUGAGAAGCAACUGUAUAUACACUCAGGGUGGGGGUGAGUCUCAGUCACACUAACUCUGUAGGUUUCAAGAUAACAACCUGUGGUUGGAUGGUAAUGUGGCACUGAUUGCUUCUAUCACUGGGUUUUAAUUAAUAACAGUCCGACAGUAGGUAGCAAAUACAAUACCUGUAAUAAUUGCAAAGACAGGUAAUAUCCAGUCUGGUCCGAGAUCACGGAAUAUAUGCAAAUGUCAAACAGAGUCUAGAAAUGUUAUAAUUUAGCUUCUUUUUUUUUUUUUUCCUCUUAGGUAAAUACAACUAAUAAACUGAAAAUAAAAUAUACAUUUAAAAUCAAACUAUUUGAAUGUAUUGUUUUAUAAAUGAACAUGCUUGUUUUCACGGUGUGAAUUGAUAACCUUCUUUACAAUAAUGUUUAGAUCUGUUUGAUAUAAGAUACUUGCCCACACAUGUGUAAAAUAAAAAUAUAAUAUGUAGAACUAGUUCCUCUCAAAAAAUCUUCGAGGUCAUUUGUGUUCUUUAUCCUUAGUAUUUUUCCCGCUCUUGAGAUCUGUAGUAGUAUCCAAUUUAUAUAUAAUGUUCUUUUAAACAACCACUGUUUUUAUGUAAUUGAUGAUAAUAUUACUACUCUGUUACAGUGAAUCAAAGAGCACAGUACUUUCUCAUAUCACUUUUUUCCCAACUUUAGUGAAUCUCAUUCAAAGUGGCUGGAUGCUCAUUAUGAUCCUGUUGCAGGCCUCAAUACAUUAUCUUCUUGUAUUGGUAAGUGCAUUAUGUGCAGUGUUUGGGUAUCUACUAAGCAUAUUUAUAUAGAGGAGUAACAUAAUACAAGGAGAUAUAGGGACAUUGUUCCGGUCUAAACUGUGCAUUGGAGUGAAAGAUCACCAAUAUUUGAAUUAAUCUUUUUUCCUUGAAAGUGGAGGAUAUAAAACUAACAUUUACGUAGUUAAUUUUCAGAGAAUAAUUUGACUUAGGGUGGUAGGUAGAAAUAAUGUAUGUGUUUGCUACAAGAAAGAAAGGUAACAGUUUAUUGUACUAGCAGUAUUAGGGUUUGUAUUCUUACUCAUACAUCAGGUGUUGAGCUGGCAUUACUUUACAAGAGUCAUACCCGCUUUGAGGUUCGAACAACCGAAAUACUAAUUUAUAGCCACUUACUUUGUCUACCACUUGCAGCCUUUUAGACACUGUUGACACAUUUUCAACGCUAAUCCAUUUUUGUUCUAAUUUUCUGUACUCAAGACUUGUCUGAAUCCCUCUGGAUAAUUCAUUGUGUCAUGUUUGCAAUUAUAUAAAACAUGUCACUUUCAUUCACUUCAAAUACUUUUACUGUUUUGGUAACUUAGUAAUUUUGCAAACUCAAAAUAAAGAGUUUCUAAAAUUCAUAACUUUAUCUUAACCACCAUUCGUUCACUUUUUUGCUCUGAGUGCCCUAAGCCGAUUCAUGGAGAUUAAAGGGAAGGAUUAUAUCUGCUACUUAUCAGGGAAUGGGGGGCAUCCGCAGACAGUGGACAGUAGCCUCUUAAAGUCAGCUGUUGUCGGAGUCAUUUUGCAUUGAAGGGAAUCUUAAAGCACCAAAACUACUUUAUCUUAAUUAAGUGCUUUUAAUGCAUAUAUCACACCCAUGCAGUUUCACUUCUCCAUUCUCUGCUGCUUAGGCUUUAAAACUACUUUAUUCCUGCAGCUUUUGUCACAUGUCCCCUGCCUGUGACUCACGCACUUCCUGAAGAAAGGAUUCACUUUCAAACCUAUUUUAAGAGAGUUUGUUUAUUUUAGAAGUUCACCUGCUCUGUUAAUUGACUGCUAAUGUAAUGCAGCCUCCUGUGUGAGAUCAGACAAAUAUAUAGAAAAAGGAAACUAAAACUUCUUAGGGACAAACAAUAAAUCUUUGAAAAUUGCAGAUCAGUCACAUUUUGGAUCUGUUCCAUCACAAUUUGAGUAUUUUGUUUUAUUCUUCUAAUUUGCAAAAUAUUUAAUUAUAUAAUAAGGCCCGUAGGAGACCAGAGUGUCGCCGCCAAGGACUCCCUUUCCACUGAUAUAAUUAUAGCCCAGAGAUCAUUUCAGUGGAUUAUAGCUGUUAAGAAAAUUCACCCCAAGCAAUAGCCGUGACUUAGUGUGGUGUGAAGUAGAACUGGUUUUGUUGAGAAAACAAAAUACUUUUAUACCUGGGUCCUCAAUAGGAAGUCCCCAGGAGAACAAUAGGGAUUGCAGCAUAUCUGGUACCUGAGCAGGUAAUUUAAUUAGCGGCCAGACACUUCAGUGCUCAUUAAGAAUUUUACAUUAAACAUGGAGUGCCCAUGCCCACAUUCCCAAACAAAUGGUGUCCCUGGAAAGCUCUCUUCUGAGCGCCCAUCCUGUCCAAAAAGCGCUCGGAUGAGGGAUGGGUGUCACGAGUUAGCUGGAAGUAAAGUUUUGACUGGGCAGUGUCAGUCCUCCACUUCCCAAAGCGCUGGAUGGAAAACCCUGGUCAUCUAAAACGAUGGUGCUUUCAGCAGGUACACGGAGCUCUCCUGGGUACCUUUUUAGAUGCCUCACCGCCUCCUCUAUUUACCCUCCAAAUAGCGCACUGCUAGGUGACUCUGGGACAGCGAGCGCACAUGACAAAGUCCGCGAUCUGAUCAGGAAUUCCAGAGUGAUUGGUGGCUGCUCUCGGUCAGGUGCGCUGUGUCUCUGUGGCCUUCCUGCAGGUCUACAAUGCUUUUGAGACCACUGGGAAGGGCGCUAGACUGGGAGGCAUGAACUGGAGGGGUAAAUAAGGUGAAAAUAGCUCUUUUAGAAGGAGUGGUGGUUGGGAGACAUGUACCAUUCCUGGGAGACCGAGUGGUCUGUCACACUUAUUAACAUGUAUUUAAAUGUAUGUUUUAUAACUUUAUAACAAAUGUGCUUACUAUGCCCACAAUGCUUCUCUAAAGGAAAUAUUUGAUUAGACACUGCCCAACAUGAGCAAAGAGGGUAGUGUGCAGCACAGCCCCAGUUUAUGCAUGUUUACUUAUUUAUUCAAGGAUUUUUUUUAAAAAUCAUAUUUUUUUAGGGUUGUACCAAAUGAUAAACGUUUUAACCUAAUUUUCAACCAAAACAGCCAUUAAAGGGACUUUGUACAUACAACUUUAGCUUAAUGUAGUUUUGUAGCCAAGAUCAUGCUCCUGCAGUUUCACUGCUAAACACUCUGCCAUUUAGGAGUUAAAUCACUUUGUUUAUGUAGCCUUAGAAUACCUCCUCUGCAUGUGACUUACAGUUUUCCUAAACACUUCCUGUAUAGAGAGAUCUAAUUUUUAAACGCCCUUUAUUGCACAGUGUGUUUAGUUUCCUAUCUCUUGCUUUUUUUAAUAGCUUGCUACAGUCUGCAGUGGCCUCCUGUGUCUAAUUAAAGUUCUAUUAACAGACCAAGAGAUAAAACCAUCUAAAGCAGCGGUUCCCAAACUGUGUUCCCCGGGUCGCAGCGACGCGCACACAGGGGUGCCGCGGAAUGUUUCCCUGGUGCUAUAAUUAACAUUACUGCUCAACAUGGACCUGGUCCUUUAAGACCGCGACCGGGCCCCUGUAAUGUCGGCUGGCUGGGAGGAAGUGACAGCCUGUCACUUUCUCCCAGCAUCCUCCAUGGGAGACAGCGCGGGAGGAGCGGCAGAACUCCAAGCCACCCUCCUGUCACAUAAAGUAAGCUAACAGGAGGGUGGCUGGAGAUAUAUAAAAAAUGAUGUGAAUAUAUGUAGUGUGCUUCUGUGUCUUUUUGCACACACAUCUGUGUGUGUGUCAGGGUGUGUGCUUUUUAUGUCAGUGUGUGUAUCUGUGUCAUGAUGUGGGCAUGUAUCUGUGUGUAUGUUGGUGUGUUUCUAUAUGUGUGUAUGUAUCGGUGCAUUUAUAUGCAUCUGUGUGUUAAUGUGCAUGAAUAUCUGUGUAAGUAUGUAUGUAUAUAUGUAUGUGCAUACAUCCAAGUAGUGAAACACCAGCACAACAUACAAGCACACUCCUGCAGUCUAACACAAAUAUUACAUACAAACACACCCCUGCAUUCAAACAAAAAAAUCUAUACAAACAAACCCCUUAACUCAAACACAAGUACUCACACAAAUGUACAUCCACAUUUAAAAGUGAACAUUACAUUCAGACACACCCCUGCAAUGAAAUGCAAACAUUACAUACAAACACACCCCUAUAUUGAAACACAAUAACUAUAUACAAGCACCCCUUCGAACACCAACACUGUACAUUACACUAUAGCGCCAGUAAAUGCAGCAGCGCUGUACAGAUAUACAACCUAGAAAUUUUGACUCGGGGUGCCUUGGAAAAAUACUGAAAUAUUUGGGCGGCUUGAACCUAAAAAGUUUGGGAGCCACUCAUCUAAAGUAUGCACAAUGUGCUGUCAGAUAUGAUUGAAAAUGAACCAUUUUUUCAUGCAGGCUGUGUAAGUCACAGUCAGACUAGGGCUGCAUAAACAAAGUGAUUUAACUCCUGCUUGAUGAUUAACGAUAGAGAAUUGAGCAGUCUGAAUCAGUGGCAUGAUGUAUACACCAAAACUAUUGUUUUGGUGCUUAGAAUAUUAAUAUAAGUAUGUAUUUCAGGGACUCCCCUCAUUUAACAAAAAGUAAUCCUAAAUAUUCAUACAGCAACACUUUGUUUUGGUGGAGAUAUCGUGAGGUUUGUAUUGCUCCUCUUUGAAAGGAAACCACUGUUAUUUCUACCUGUUUAAGUAUAAUUUAAUUAAAGAAAUUACAACAUUGCAUUUUUUUUUCUUGCAGCUCUUGCCGAUUUACAUGGUGAUGGGGAAUAUAAGGUAAAAAAAUAUAAAGAAAUUACAUAAUUAUUUUAAUUUCAGUUGUAAAAUACUUAUGUAGUAGAUAUCUUGUUGUCAUAGUCACUGAUAUUCUCAUUUUCCAUGACAGAUGGUGGCUGGUGAUCUGGGCAGUGGACCAUAUAACAUGAAACUUAAAGUGUAUAAGGGAACAAGCAUGAUGUCUGAGAAUUCCCUGCUUGACUUGCCCACUGGUAUAGCUACUUUCUUGAUGGACCAGAAUGAGCCACGUACACCAGCUGUUGCCGUGGCCUCUGGCCCUUUUAUAUAUGUAUACAAGAACCUGAGGCCAUACUUCAAAUUCACUUUACCAGCCAUGGAGGUCAAUCCUCUAGAAAAAGAAGUGUGGGACCAAGCCAAAGAGGUAAGAGACUUUAUAAAGAAAUUAGGUUUAUUCAGUACACAUGAGACCUAAAAGAGAACUUUAUUUUCUAGGAUUUUAAAGGAACAUUAUAGCAUUAGGAAUACACAUAUGCUUUCCUAAUACUCUUAUGUUAGCUAGUUUUAAAAAAAAAAGUUUUACUUACCUUAUUCUCCCCUGCAUGCCAGUCUCACAUGGGCCUCCACUCCUUUCCCGGGCUGAGGUCACCAAUAUGGAAGAUCUCCUAGGGAAGCAUUGGGGACUACUGCGCAUGCGCAAUGUAGCGGACCACCGGUAACCCUACUGGUUACCUCCGCUAAACUCUCCUCUCAGCCAGAACUGGAACCGUUAGUUAAUAUAGCUCUGUUCCCACAGUAAUCAGACCAGACAUAGUUCUGGGAGUAAUCUGUUUUUAUUGCUCAGAAUGCAGCCUUUUAUGCCAAGAUCCCCAGCUUGGGGUCUCCAUUCUUUACACAUAAAUCCCGCCCAGGCGUCUCUGUAAUAAUUGAGUCAAAGCUCGUUAAGUUAAUUAUGUCCCGGAUACAGAGAGCCGAAUACAUAAAAACCCUGAAAACUGUUAUGACACCCAAAAGUCUUAUAUCCCUGGAUAGCUCUCGGUGGAGCACCCAAACCACUCCGAAUAGCACUAUGAUCCGUGGAUGUUUGGAAAAAGUCACCCCGUUCAGGUUUAGACCGACCGCUAGCGUGGUCUAAUGCCAAAAAUAGUUAAAGGCAAUUAAAGGUAUUUGCCAGUGCUUUAACUGGGUCUCUGGAUGGUUGUGGAAGGGGGAUCCCCCUGGCUUAUAGGUAGCAAUUGUUCCUUACAAAGUAUUGUAGCUCCCCUCCAAAGAGAAUUCUCCUGCGGUAUUGGGAAAGGAGUGAAAACCAGGAGACAAGUUAGCAAGUUAGCUGGUACAUGUGGCCGAACCGGAGUUCCAGGGCGAACACAGAUAGGUCCCGCUGAUGCAUUUGGUAUGCUCCGGCUCGGGGAAUAGUUUGCGAACAGCAAGAUAUAGGUGCCUGCUGGGCUCCUAUGGAUGGGAGGAGCAACAGAGGGCCAGGGCCAGGGGAGUGAUGUAGUCUUUCGGGUGGUUUUAGUGGUAUCUGCCACACAGCUCCCCCUAACCAUUAGCUGGCAUGCACAGUUUGAACUCCCACAGAUCUGCUUGGGGAUAACCAGGGGCUCACAGAUCACCUUUCAAAUUCAGUCUGGCAUGACAACCUAUCAGCGUUUCCAUUCCAUUUACCGUGUGAUAAUGGAUGGUGAAAUCAUAGGGCUAGUGUGCCAGGCUCCAAUAUAACAGCCUGAUAUUGUCCCAAGCCACCCGGUUUAGCCACACUAACAGGUUGUGAUCCGUGAGCAGGGUAAAUUAUUGUCUAUAGAUGUAGGGCCCACACCACCGCAAGGCAUUCUUUUUCGAUGGCAGCGUAGCUCACCUCCUGGGGUAGUAACUUUCGGCUAGAGGUUAGCGAUCGGGUGUUCUCCGCCAUCGUCCUCGACCUGGCUUAGCACUGCUCCCAAUCCACACAUAGAAUUCUAUGUGAAUAAGAAAGCGUUUAGUUGGAUUAGGAACUGCCAGGAUGGUGCGUUUCCUAAAGAUCUCUUAAGUUGCUGGAAUGCUUGCUCGCACUCAGGGGGCCAGACCAUUUGACGGGGCAGGUUUUUACGGUUUAAGUCUGUGAGGGGCUUUGCUAGGGCACUUUAGUUCGGGACAAACUUCCUAUAGUAUCCGGACGUUCCUAGAAAAGCCAUCACCUGGGUCUCAGUACAGGGAGUGGGCCAGUUGGCUACAGCCUCAAUCUUUGCAGGGACGGGUUUCUGUUUCCCGCAAUCCACCUGGUGUCCUAGGUAUUGGACUUCUGCCAUUCCUAUAUGGCACUUGUUGUUGAGUUUUAGGGUCAAUCCUGCCUCUCGGAUCCUAUUUAAUACAGCCCCUGCAUGAACCAAAUGGUCUUCCCAGGUGUUAAUAAACACUGCAAGAAACUGGCCAUUCAGUAAUGUUGAUCCUAUCCUGGCAAAGUCUUGACCUGCACCAAAUAGAGAAGCAUUCCAGUGUAUCCACCUUGCCAUGGCAUUAUUUCUGUCUUAAUAGUUUUUCCACAACAAAUGAAGUAAUGCUAAAAUCCCAAAGAGAGUAGCAGAUUGGUUAGAACUAUGAAAAUUGGGGGUGGGGGAGGGAAGGAGAGAGGUUGGAUGUGAAAGAAAACAAACCAGGUUUAAGUAUAUUUUAUAAAAAAAAAAAAAAAAUGAAAAUAUUUAACUAAACCGCUUAACAUACUUGUACUUACUCUCACAUAGGACAAGAUUGACCCCAUGACUUUGAAAGAGAUGCUGGAAGGAAUUAGGUAUGGGAAAAAAAAGAACCACUUUUCUCUGUCCCCGCCAUAAAAACUGUCACCCAGUGGCCAGGCUGGUUAAUAGCUCCAUUUGAAGAUAAAAAUAUCUUUCUUUUGUUCUGAUAGAUGGAGAACAUGGUACAGAAAUAUACUAGUAAUGAGAUAUGGUUGUUCAUCUUUUUUUUAUUUAUUUAUUUAUUUUUUUAUUUCAGCAUGCUUUAAUAAGUAUUUUUGCUUUCCAAGAUGAAUGUCGGUCUCUGAGAUGAACAUAUACUGUAAAUAGGGUGGGACUGUUUUUAAAUGGAUUGUUGGACUUCCAAAAUGUAUACUUGAUUAUAGAUGUGGAUUUCUAGAUUAUCUUUAGUGAUGAGAACUGGUAUGCUCACAUGUAAGAUGCUAUUCUACUUUAGCCAGAAAGGUAUCAGUGAUUAUUGUUCUCAUAUCGUAUGUGUCUUGAAAAUAGAAAAGGUGUGCUAUUCUACUUACCAAAAGAAUAAUUAAAUUAUUUUUUUUGUGGGGGAGCUUGUUAUCCAUGAUUAUUUCCUGAUACUAAAUAUUUAAAAUUAGUGACUUGGCAACCACUGUGGAGUCGCUAGAAAGGCACUAUCAUGAGCAGGUGGGGACUAUUAUAAUAUACGAGGAGGAACCUACUGUCCCCAUCACCACACUUCACCCAUUGACGGUGAGAGAUGACCCCUAUUUUAAUAUUAAAUGGUGGAGGACCUAGUGGCCUCGAGCCCCAUGGGUAGUGGGUGGGAGCUCUAAAUAAUCAAACAACUGGGGUAUAUAUGGCAUUGGACACCCCUCAAAUGGAUGCAAAUCUCCCAACGGGUCAAUAAGGGUCUCCAAUCCCCUAGCCAUAGAAACAUAGAAACAUAGAAUGUGACGGCAGAUAAGAACCAUUCGGCCCAUCUAGUCUGCCCAAUAGCCACUCCCAUUAAAAAUAAAUAACGCUAUCUACCUCUCCUCGUCCUAAUAAUAGUAUGGGGUGGAGGGGAAAUACAACUAAUACCUCUUAAAAAUAUAUACUUGCCAUUAAAGUUUGAGAAUAGAUAGUCUUCAUGAACCAAUAUGCUUUUAUAUAAUGUUGAUAUCUGUCUAUUUUUUUAAAUUGGCAUAGAGCGUGUCAAACAGUACAGCUUGCUAUGUUCAGUCCCUACCUUAGAUAAUUUGUGGGAAAUAAUAUAUUUUUUUCAUUUUCACAGGGAUAAAGCAGAGGUUCCGCUCUCAGUGAGGUCACUGCGGUACGUUGACUGCAUACUUCUCUAUGAUGUGAUUUGCCAUACUGGUGUUGAUUAAUCUUUGGAUUGAUUAAGACACUCUUUUGAUGAACUUACAUGACACAGCAUGAUCUUUAUCACGUUUACGAUAAAGUUUACCAUUACUCUGUUACAGAUUCUUGAUGUUGGAAGCACAAGAGAUGGAAGCUUUCGUGAACACUUAUAAACAGCAGCCCCUGAAGCGACAGGUACACUUUUGAGUGAGAAGAGUGAUGGAGAUGAUUUUUAAAAAAAAUUUGUCUGCACAGAGAGAGGAAAAAAUAAAAAAAUGUACUAUUUCACUUUUCUAAAGGAUAGUAACAAUCUGAUUAUAAUUUUUUUGCAGCUGUUAAAGGGGCACACUGAGCACCAGAAUUACUGCUCACUAGCUUAAUUUUCUGAGAAAAUAUGGUGUAUACAUUUGUCCCUAACACCAGCUGUAGUGGCUGUCAGUUAUAGGAACUAUAGGGUUAGCAACACAAACAUGUAUUAAUAACCCAAUAGUGUUAAAAACACCAUCUGUCACCUACCUCCCCUCGGUCCCUUAAAUAUAGUAAAAGUUUACUUUUAUUUAAGUCUACAGCUACUGGCUCUGCCCCUGUUCAUGAUUCUCUGAGCCAAUCAAAAUGCUUUCACAUAGGAUUAGCGAUUGCCAAGGAGGCAGAUCGGGGGGAGAGCCAGCACAAGUCAAACACAGUCCUGGCCAAUCAGCAUCUCCUUGUAGAGAUGCAUUGAAUCAAUUAAGUUCUGUGUCUCCAUGCAGAAGGUGGAGACACUGAAUGGCAGUUCUUCACACUGUGCAGCACUGCCCCCAGAAGGCACCUCUAGUAGCUAGAGAAGGUACCCCUAGGCUGUAAUGUAAACACUGCAUAUUCUCUGAAAAGACAGUGUUUACUGCAAAAAGCCUGAAGGCAAAAAUUUUACUUACCAGAACAAAUAUAAUAAGCUGUAGUUGUUCUGGUGACUAUAGCGUCUUUUUAAACAGUACCUAGAGGCCCUUCCUGGUGCAGUCCUGCAGUCUUUGCAGGACCAACAUUCAGCAUCUUGAAGCUCUGCAUGUAGUCGCUGAAUGCUCUCCAUGCAUUGAGCCAAUUCAUCUAUGUGAAGAGAUGCUGAUUGUUGCAGCAUGGCAGUUGCAAUACAUUCACACAAACCCCCAAUGCUUCUCUAUGGGGAAGCAUUGUAUUGGUUGAGGUCAUCAUGAAGUCUAUUCCCAUAAUCCUAUUUCUUUCUACUUUGUGUAAACAAGAGAUCUGUAUUUUUGCAAAAGUUACAAGAAAUAAUGUAUUCAAGGACAAGCACAGAUAAUUCUUGAACCAUAACCAAUUUAAGAGGCGUAAUUGAUUGUUGCGUGGAGUCCAUUUAAUAUCUUGCUAUAUAUUGGGUUUUUAGUCUUUUGUACCAUUACAGAAAGAGCAUAUUAUACCAGUCUUACCUCCAUGGGUAGUUCAUACCCAAAAUACCAGAGAGAUAGGAACUGGUUGACUGAGCCUCUCACAGCACUUUUUUUAGACCUUGUGAGAGGGAACUACAAGACAAACUAAGUAUUUGUUAGUUUCUGAUAUAUAUUUUCUACACCUUUUUGCCUGAUUCAUCAUCAAUUUUUUUUAGAAACAAAUUUGUUUAGGUUGAAUGUAUUUGUGAAUUCUAGUUCACCCUUAAUGUAUGUAUUGCAGACUGUAAUUACAUGUAUGGGUACUCUGAAGAAAAAUAUGGCAGAUGAAGAUGCUGUUUGUUGCCUCGUAAUCGGGACCGAGAGUGGAGAGAUAUUUAUUCUGGAUCCAGAAGCAUUUACCAUAUUAACACGGGUGAGAGCUAAUAUCAGUGAAUACAAAUCGGCCUGUCGAUACUGUAGUUCUCAACUUAAAUGUAUGCAGGGAAAGACUUUGUGUAGAUAGGUUUAAAGUAGAGUACAGUAGUUUAGAGUAGAUUAGAGUGCAUAGUGUCCUGAAACAUUCAAGGUAAUUCGAUUUAUUAACAAUAAAAGAAAUGGAUCCAUGUUUUGUCAGUGAGGAUGUGAUCUUUACAGAACCUUUUUCCACAGGUCAGUCUUCCAAGUGUGCCGACCCUACUGGAUAUUACAGGACAAUAUGACAUAGAAUAUCGUAUAACAGUGGCUUGUCGCAAUGGAAAUGUGUAUAUUCUCCGAAGGUAUAAAUGCACACCUAGCUAUAAAACAGUUCAUAACAUUUUUGAUAGUCUGAAAAAUGUAAUAUUUUAAUGUAUUCCCUAUGGAAUGACCAUAUGUUGAAUACAUAAAGAACAUUGAACAUAUACUUUUUUUUUUUUUUUACCGUGACAAACCGCAAAAUGUACAUUGUUCUAUUGGUUUACCGGGCUCCUCCUCUUCCUCUUAUGUAAGAAGAUACAAAUGGAAUUGUCCAAAAGUGACAACUCAUGUAGAUCUGGCUCCUUUUUUGGGCUGGAAAGUUGUUGCAAUAAAAAUAAAGGGCCACCAAUAGCAGUACGGCCAAAUAUCUUUUUCCCAAAGACUAGUUUAAAGGUUGAUGCCAAGUAUCACUUAUACUUAAAUACUUGGGGCAGUAUGAGCGUUCUCCAGAAUGCAGGGAGAGUUGUAGCACAAUAAAUAUUUUCAUAAGUAAUUGAAUCUUCCCAUGGAUGUGAUAUGUAUUAUUUAUAUUUACCAUUAUAACUAAGAUAUGCUAAUUACUUGGAAUACAAAUUUGCCUCCUCUUUUCCUAUAGGGAUUCCAAGCGACCUAAGUAUUGCAUUGAACUAUGUGCCCAGGUGGUGGGGCUUGUUCGUGUGCAGAAGAAUAUAAUGAUUGGUACCUCCCAGGAGAUGCUGCAUGGAUACUCACAGAAGGUAAAUACAUACAGUUGUGCUUAAAAGUUUGCAUACCCUAGCAGAAAUUGUGAAAUUUUGGCAUUGAUUUUGAAAAUAUGACUGAUCAUACAAAAUAAAUUAUUUUAUUGAAGGAUAGUAAUCAUGUGAAGCCAUUUAUUAUCACAUAGUUGUUUGCCUCCUUUUUAAAAUCAUAAUGAUAACAGAAAUCACCCAAAUGGCCCUGAUCAAAAGUUUACAUACCCUUGAAUGUUUGGACUUCUUGCAGACACACAAGUUAACACACAGGUUAAAAUGGCAAUUAAAAGUUAAUUUCCCAUACCUGUGGCUUUUUAAAUUGCAAUAAGCGUGUGUAUAAAUAGCCAAUGAGUUUGUUGGCUCUCAUGUGGAUGCACUGAGCAGGCUAGAUACUAAGCCAUGGAGAGCAGAAAAGAACUGCCGAAAGACAUGCGUGACAAGGUAAUGAAACUUUAUAAAAAUGGAAAAGGAUAUAAAAAUUUAUCCAAAGCCUUGAAAAUGCCAGUCAGUGCUGUUCAAUCACUUAUUAAUAAGUGGAAAAUUCAGGAUCUCUUGAUACCAAAUCAAGGUUAGGUAGACCAAGAAAGAUUUUUGCCACAACUGCCAGAAGAAUUGUUUGGGGUUCAAAGAAAAACACACAGGUAACCUGAGGAGAAAUACAGUCUGCUCCGGAAAAAGAUGGUGUGGUUGUUUCAAGGAGCACAAUACGUUGAUACUUAAACAAAAAUGAGCUGCAUGGUCGAGUUGCCAGAAAGAAGGCUUUACUGCCACAUUGUUACAAAAAAGUCUGGUUACAAUAUGCCCGACAACACUUUGACAUGCCUCACAGCUUCUGGCACAUUAUAAUUUGGAAUGACGAGACCAAAAAAGAGCUUUAUGGUCACAACCAUAAGCGCUAUGUUUAGAAAGAGGUCAACAUGGCAUAUAGUGAAAAGAAUACCAUCCCCACUGUAAAGCAUAGUGGUGGUUCACUAAUGUUUUGGGGGAGGGGAAGGGGUGAGAUGAAUGCAGGAUGUUAUCAGAAAAUACUGGCAGAAAAUUUGUAUUCUUCUGCACAAAGUUGCGCAUGGGACGCUCUCGGACUUUCCAGCAUGACAAUGACCCUAAGCACAAGGCCAAGUUGACCAUCCAGUGGGUACAGCAGAAAGAGGUGAAGGUUCUGCAGUGGCCAUCACAGUCUCCUGACCUUAAUAUCAUUGAGCCACUCUGGGGAGAUCUCAAACGUGCGGUUCAUGCAAGACGACUAAAGACUUUGCAUGACCUGGAGGCAUUUUGCCAAGACGAAUGGGGAACUAUGCCACCUGCAAGAAUUAGGGGCCUCAUAGACAACUAUUACAAAAGACUGCACACUGUCAUUGAUGCUAAAGGGGGCAAUACACAGUAUUAAGAACUAAGGGUAUGUAUUAAGAACUCAGACUUUUGAACAGGGGUUAUAUCGGUUUCUUUUUCCUUGUUGUCCUGUUUUGUUUUUGUGCCAUUGUGUUAUAACCUACAGUUGAAUAUGAAUCCCAUAAGAAAUAAAAGAGAUGUGUUUUGCCUGCUCAAUGAUGGAUUUUUUUUUUAUUAUUAUUUUUUUUUUUUAAAUGGUACAUAUAUUACCAAUUCUCCAAGGGUAUGCAAACUUUUGAGCACAACUGUAAUAUACUUUUGUUGAUUUACUUUUUGCUCCUUCCUUGGAUUCACCAAUUGGCCUACUUUAUAGUUCAUGGUAAUAGUGGCACUUUAACAUCAAAUAACUGCUAUUAAAUGAUAAAAUGGUUUUCUGUUUUCAAGAAAUGUCUUUUAAAGUCCAAAACCUUAGUUUUGAAAAUAAUUAUUUCCUUUCAAUGAUGGGUACCCUUAUUGUCUCUCUUAGGGAGAGGUAUUUAAUUACAUGCUCCUUUUGUUAUUUGAAGAUCAUAACGAAGAUUGUGAAUUCAAACCUCCUUAAUUUACAUGACUUACCAUCUCAAAAUGAUUUACUGUAAUUUAUAGAGAUGGUGUUAUCUUGUGAAUUAUGGACUUUUGAGCCAUUUAGCAAGUUCCCUAUGGUAACUUACUGCCCACAAAAGAAGGGGAUGUUAUCUGCUCAUAACCCUUACUUUCCUUCUCUACAAUUCUAAACCAACUUCAUCUGUAUGGUGAUUUUGGCUUCUUUGAUUAAUUUUUUUGGUAUCUGGUGGUGGGGGCAUAUAUCUAGGAGUUCUGGAGAUGUCGUUAUAAACCAAAAGUCUUAAGAGCUCUAGAGUAAAUGUAGAGGGUGUAGAGUGUUUUCUUAUACACAUUUACGCACUUUAUUAAUUAUUGAUUAUUUCAUGUUUAAUAGGGAAAAAGAUUGUGGACGGUUAAACUCUCUGCAUCUGUUAUGACUAUGUCUUUGCUGGAACAGAAAUCACGUAGUAUCCAGGCUGUACUGGUGGGGCUGAAAAAUCUAGAGGUUCACCUCUACAGGGACAAAAACCUACUCAGUGUAAUAUCUACCCCGGUAAGCCACAGUUUAUGUGUCGUCUUUAAAAUCUUUUUCUGUAUCUGAUCUAAUUGUGUCUUUCCACUUCAUUAGCUAUAUCUUUGCCCUCCAUUUCCCCUUUACUUUUAUCCACUCUCGACAUACUACUUUAGCCAGUUGUCAUCACCUACAUACAUUUAUCGAUAACAUUCCUUUUUUUUUUUUUUAAUCUUUCUGAGAUUCUCUACAUAUUUCCCCUUCCAUCCAUUUUCUCCCUCUGUCUUCUUCUCUUUCAUCUAUUAUCUUAACACAUAUCAUCUUUGUUGACUUUCAUACCUUUUUACCUGCUACAUUGCUUCAGUCUCUCUUUUCAUUUCUUGUCUUUUUCACCUUAAACUCUUAAGCUCAUUGUCUAUGUAACUAUGUAAAAGCUCUUUUUUUUCAGGAUAUUGUAACUGGUCUUUGCUUUGGACGGUAUGGGAGAGAAGAUGACACUCUAAUCAUGACCACUAAAGGUAGAAACUAUUUGUAGAAAGGCUAUCUAGUGAGCAAAUGAUCUAAAGAUUUUGUUUUUGUUUACUAUCUUCUCUGUAUUAUUUCUCAAUUUUUUUAACUAGGAGGUGGCCUUAUUAUUAAGAUUUUGAAGAGGACUGCUCAGUUUGAAGAUAAGGAUACAGCCCCAGGUCCUCCUACUGGCCAGAGUGUCAAGCUCAAUGUCCCAAAGAAGACCAAACUUUACGUGGACCAAACACUCAGAGAGAGAGAGAAUGCAGUGGGUAGGAAGUUCCUGACACAACCUAGAGCAUGAUAUGAAGCUGUCAUUUCCAUGAUUAUCCCCUUAAAGACACAUAAUGAAAAUUUUCAUUCAUCAUUCCCUUUUAUUUUCAAGGGGUUAAGUGACACUGUGCCAGAUUCCAUCUUAAUUGAUUGUUUCUCUUGAUUCAGGAUAAUCACUCUGGACCAGGUCUAGAUGUUUUCUCUCCCUUUGCAGUAUAAAAGCUACACACAGAGUGGAAGAUACUUGUCUUUUUGCAAUCUAUAGUUGCAUGAUUGUGAGUCAUAUUUUAGUUUUGUCCCUAUAUGGACAAUGACAACAUUGUAAGCGAGAUCUGUGAUUGCGCCUUCACUUUGAAGGUGACAUACUACUAAGAGAUACGCCUACCUUAGCAAAACUGACCAUGUGAAGGAUAUUAUUUCUCAGUUUCUGAUUGCUUCUUCCACAGCAAUGCAUCGUGUAUUUCAAAUGGAUCUUUACCGCCUCCGUCUCACUGCAGCCCGAGCUUACGUCAAAGCAUUGGAUGCGAGCCUUGCUCCUGUAUCUGCCUCAAUGCAAGAUCAAAUCACGCUGAAUGCAGCAGUGAGUACAAAUCAGCAACUUAAUGCAUAGACCUCCCCUGCACAGGGUUGCUUUAGAUAAUGAAUCAUUAAUAAGCAUUACUGUUUCUCCUCUAUGAUGCAAUUCAUCACUCCAUUCCAAAAUAUAUAUUCUUUCGUUCUCUUCUUCCGUUGUAAUUUUCUUUCAAAUUGUGACUUGUUAUUUCUUAUCGUGAAAUAUGCCAACGCAGCAAUAGCUAACCCCAGCACUGCAGAACUGUGUGUAAGAAAUAUUUAAUUUAGGUAAUUUGCAGGCUCUUUGAGCUCUGGCAGUGACACUCUGUAACCACGAUUUUCAACAUUAUAGAUGAUAUAUAGAUUAUUGAUUAUAAGCAUGUUUUGGCAGGGCCCUCUUCACCUAGACAGUUCCUGUAUGUCAUACGUGUUUGUUAGAAUUAAAAGGUUGUCUUGUUUAUCUAUUGUACAGUGCUGCAGAAUAUGUUGGCCCUAUAUAUAAAUAACUGCAUUUGUCACUCGUGGUUUUCAAUCCUUCUCCUGAUGAGAGUUGCUAAUUGCCCGGCCUCUUCAGAAGUCCUGAAGAAUCUGAUUAUAACGGGUGUGUCACUCUUAGUCUUGAAACGUCUAUUGAAAGUUGAUAGAGCCCUUAGAAAAGAUUAUUCAGUAUUAUAAAUUACAUGAGGCAAUAAUCUCAAAGCUGUUCGUUCCAUUUUUAUCUUAUUUCAUAUUUCGCAUUACUGGAUUCCUUCCGUAUUGCUUAUAUAUUACCACGGUAAACUACCAAUUAAUGAUCGGAAACUAACAUUAUACUAGGAGCUGAUAUUUUUAUAUUUUACUUUGUCAUAAAUAUUAUAUAUAUGAAAUGAACAUUUAAGCAUUUACAUAUAACAAUAAACUCCUAAAUAAGCAGGCAUGUAUGAAAUGUAUUUUUUUCUUUAUCAACAGUAAAAUAGAUGCACUGACAAGAUGCGCUGAGAAAGGUCUUGUUGUCCGAAACGUUUGCUAAAUAUCUUUAUUCUUCAAUAAAUGUGAUAGCACCUGUUGCACAGCAUACUUGAGCGAAUUUUUUUUUUUUAUUUUUUUUUUUAAAUUUUAUUUUUUUAUUUUUUUUACCCACUGAUGGAGCUACAGUGUGGGAGAAAGCAGCACCUCAGAGAGUCUUUUGAUGAUUGCAUUGUUUAAAAUGUUUGUUGACACCUAGUUAGCCUCAGCCUCAUGUCUAGUAUAUGUAAAAUAAUUCCUUAAAUUAAGUAUAAAGAAUGGGUUAAUUUUGGCAGGAAUAAUGCCUGCAACUGUGCGUUCUUAACAAGUUCUGUAAAAUUAGUGCAUUUAAUCAAUCUCACUUCAUGUCAUUUUGGAAAAUAGUGUGUGUUUUGUUUUAUUUAAUUUAGGUGCAAGGUAUUGGUCCACGAUUCAAGUUGAUUUUAAAUUUACAAAACACCUCAGUGAACCGACCUUCUAUGCAGCUGUUAAUCAGUUUCCUGUAUGAUGAAAGGCUUUACCAGAUCAAGCCAGCGUUUUUCAAGGUAUUUUUUUUUUUUUGCUUUCACAUUUAUAUUGGUCUGCCUAACAUGUAAAAGUGCUACUCACUAUGAAACAUUUUGAAUGUAAAUGUAUAAUAUUCACAAAGUAAUAAUCUCAGAUUAAUAUAUUAGAUUUAUCUCCAACUCAGCCUAGUAUAGCCAUACAUAUUCUUUAGCCAGGAUUGGGAGAAGUUGUUGGGUAAAUUAUAGACUUGCCUUUUUUUUUUGGCCCUUGUCUUGCCUGUUUUUUUGGCCAGGGCCUAUACUUAAAUUUAUUCCAUUGUGGCUUAUUGUUUUUGCAAAUGUAAAUAACCCUCACUGUUCUCACUCUCCAUUUUCAGACAGUCCUGCAAUAAAUCAUUCUGGCUCUAUCUCGCCAUGCUCCUGCUCUUACACAGAGCCUGCCCCUCCUCCCUACUUCCCCUUGCAUGCAUUGCUUUCCCUUAAAGGACCACUCUAGGCACCCAGACCACUUCAGCUUAAUGAAGUGGUCUGGGUGCCAGGUCCAGCUAGGGUUAACCCAUUCUUUUAUAAACAAAGCACUUUCAGAGAAAAUCACAGUGAGAGCACGCAAGCGUCCAUAGGAAAGCAUUGAUAAUGCUUUCCUAUGUGACCGGCUGAAUGCGCGCGCAGCUCUUGCCGCGCGUGCGCAUUCAGCCGCAUGGGAGGAGAAGAGGAGGAUCGGAGGAGGAGAGCUCCCCGCCCAGCGCUGGAAAAAGGUAAGAUUUAACCCCUUUUCCCCUUCCAGAGCCGGGCGGGAGUGGGACCCUGAGGGUGAGGGCACCCUCAGGGCAUUAUAGUGCCAGGAAAACGAGUAUGUUUUCCUGGCACUAUAGUGGUCCUUUAAUAAUAGUAAAAAAUAUGUACAAAAUGUCUAAAAUUGCUAAAUAAUAAAUUCAAAUAUUAAAAAAACAAAAACAGCUGCUGCAAAUAAAAACAGGAGACCCGGUAGAGGUAAAUCCUAAAAUGAAAUCCCCCCACCCCCCAAAAAAGCCAUAAAAGAUAAUGAACUGCACUAACAAAAUUAUAUCUAAACAUUGUUCACAGUUUUCAAACUAAUAAUCUUAAACGACAGCACAUUUUGGAAAAAAUAUGAGCAAUUUUUAUAGCUGCAAACAAUAUAUAAAUAGCAUUAAAAUAAAAAACUUACAGUAUCAGUCCACCUUAAAGAUCUCCCACUUUCCAUUGUCAAUCCAAUAAAAUGGUUAAAAAAAAGUUUUCACAAACUGUUCCUUACCUGCAAUUUUCCCUUCGAUCCUGUAGAGGCUUGCAGAGGGCAUCAAUUUAUAAAAUAUCAAAUGGGUGAAAUCUCUUAGUCACCAAGUGCCCUAAAGUGCAAUUAUGCUUGCAUUAUCUACCCAUUGUACAGCGCUACGAAAUUUGCUGGCGCUAAAUAAAUAAUGUAAUAGUAAUUAUCUGGAGAGACAUUCAUCAAUCCCUUAGGACAGGCUGCUUGUGUGUGUUUUUGCGGUUAUAUAUGUAUAUGUUGCUCGUAUUUUUUCCAGAGUGUGCUGUCGUAUAAUACAAAUCUGAUUUGAACCCUAGAUAUCAUUCCUACUCUUAGUCUAAUGCUAUCCCUAAAAAUCAUCUGAGAACCAAUCACAAUGAUCACAUAGCCUUAGCUGUUAAGAUAUUUAGGUCACUGUUAUUGGUUCUCACAGCAAUCACAGUGUAUGGGAGCUAAUAGAUGGUUAUUACUGGACUGCCUUAAUUUGAGGCUUCAGCAGUAGCAUGGGAUACUUUGUCCUGUGAUUAAAUAUUAAAUGAUAGCUGAGGUACAUUUUAAACUAUAGAAAAUUCAAUUUCAUCUAAAUUAUAGAAAUUAAAAUUGCAAGCAAAUGUCUAGACUUCUUUAAAAUCAUAGAUUAAAAAAUACAAGGCUUUUCCAGUUCCUGUCAAUCAAUUUAAUCUGUGCCAAUCAGCACAGAGAUAAGAAGUCUGUGCUCUGCAUGUCUGUUAUAUCAGGGGAACCCUCUCCUGUGGGAUAAAUAAAUAUCAAACAAAAUGUAUAUAAUUCUAAACUCUAUAUUCAUAGGGAAUACUACUCAAAUAUGGUACAUAAAAGGAAAAGAAAAAGAAAAAAACAAUAGUAUGAUACUGUAUUUACACCCACAAUCAAUGUGACAAUGUGAGUAAACAAACUCAUGUGUGCCAGAGCCUUACUGAGACAGCUCCAAUGUUUAUGCCUUCUUUGCCAUUGAGGCUUCAGAUCCCAAAGAAAAAAAUAUGAACAAAAGCCAGAAUAGUGUAGUAUCCUCCAGUUCUAGGAAGAGCAUACUGCACUAUUCCACAUUUGUGUUGCAGCUGCUGUUGAUUGUACACAUGCACACUAAAGAGCACUUCACUCACAUUCACUUUUUGUUUUUUUUGUAUAGCAACACAGAAUGAUUUAUUGCAUGUGCUUUGGGCAGGCAAUCUGAGAAUGGAGAGAAAGAGAGAGACAACAGAUAUGUUUUAUUUACGUACCAUAUAUCCAACAUAAAGUGCAGGGGACUUUCAACCAGUUAUAGAAAGCAAGCUGGUGCUUCUCAAGCAAGGGUAUGCAGGAGAAGUGUGUCUUACUAUAAGUGUAACAUCACUUGCUUGAAACAAUAUAUCAUAGAUUAUCCAUUGUUGUGCAUAUGGUGCUAGCAGGCUUGUGGUCCCCCGAUUGGUUUUGACAUGAACAAGGGUUCCCCGGGUGGGCACAUAACCGCCCCUUUUACUGUCAUUUUCCAAACCUUUUUUCUGUUUAAUCUGCCUUUUUGCCUGUAUGCUUAUCUCCAUUUUUUUCUUCUUUAGGUCCCUCUCUUGGUGCCUGGCUUAAACUAUCCAAUUGAGACAUUUGUUGACUGCUGUAACGACAAAGGGAUUUCUGACAUUGUCAAGGUGAGACACCAAAAAAUAUAAAUCUCCCGUACCGGUUUAGUAACCGGCAUGGACUAAAUGUCUGAUAUACCAAUAUGAUGUUUUAUUUACAGAGUAAAGAUACUGCAUUAGAAUUCAGCUACCAUUCAACCUAUCAUGUAUUCCCUGUUCCCAUGCUUUGUAAUUAAUUUGACCUAAUUUAUUUUUUAUUUUUUUUCUCCCUAGGUUUUUGUAUUGAAGGAAGGAAAGAGCACCCCGCUGCUAACUGCUCACAUCAAUAUGCCUGUCAGUGAAGGUCUAGUUGCUGCCUAAGAAAGAUACAUGGAUAGACAAUCUAGUAAUAUUUUGUUCGAGCUUCAAAAGAGGACUUUAGCAACUAAAUAGUAGCCUAGAACUUAACAAUGAUAGAGGCUCCACUAUUCAUAUAAUAGAAAGUGAAAACAAAAUGCCCUGUGAUGUAUAAUGUACAUGUUCAUAUGCUUUCAGCAGGAUCAGGGAAAGACAAUUCUAUAAACAUUACAGGGCCACAGUAUCACAGAUUCUCCAUCUUAUCUAAGGAUUUAUGGAACUUCUACUUUGAUGGUAAAUACAAGUUCAUUUCCCUAUUUAGUCUACUCAAAUUAUUUUAUUGAGGCUGGCUCUAUAAUAGAGCAUAGGCUAGGUUGCCGGAUCUCUAUAAAUAUAAAUGAUUUAUAUUGUUAUAAAAUGGUUACAAAUACAUUGUACAGUAGACCAAACGUAGUUAGGUGAUUGUAGACAUGAGAGGAUUCUGAGCAUAACCCUAGAAGGGACACUGCCAAAUUUGCAAUGGGUAGAGAAAAAAUGUUUUACAUUGUAAUUACCAAUAAAACACAAUGUGCGGUGUGUAUGAAUAUUUCACAGAGAUCCACAUUAAAAACCUCACAGUAACCUGUGAUGAGAAUUAAUAUAAUGUUUACAUUUAUGUUCAGGAGCUCUGCACCCCUAUACACUACACAUUAGUUUUACUGGUGUGGAUCUUUUUUGUGAUACACCUAUGAACGACACACCUUACUCAUUAUCCCUCCACCUCACUUACUUUCUCUCAUUUCUCAUGAUUGCAAUCUGUCCAAUUUUCAUAUCUCCUACUCAUUCCAUGUCCCAUAAUUAAUGACCCAUCGUCCCCCGUUUUCAUGUUAUAAUUUCUUUCCCCUCCCCUUUCCAUGUUGCUAUUGUCUCAUCCCAUUACCCUUAAUUACAUCUUCCCCUCCCUAUGUCUACUUUUAUACUAACUCUAGACUCCGCAAUCUGUCCUUUUAUUCUUUCUGUAAACUCCUUCACAACUUCUAUACCUCCCAGCCCCAAUACAUGUCCAUCUCAAUUUUAUCACACCCCACUUCAUUGUAUUUCUCAUUUGCAUUUUUUUAUGCUUUAGAUAUCAAAGAAAAUUUUUACUUAAAUAAUAUAAAGUGUGGGGGGAUGGGAAUAGGUUUAAGGAUCAAUUUGACGCCGCAGCUCCUCACAGUGGUGCUCACUCCAUAUCACCCAUGGGUCCGUACCAUUGAUUUUAUAGAUACAAAAAACAUUACAGGCAGUGUGUAUCGCUGUUACUUGUUAAUGUUUCCUCUGUUCAGUAUUCCCUUAGUGAGCAAGAUCUUUUCCAGAAGUGAGUGGAAGGUGAUGCUUCAUUCCCAUAACCCACUACAUGCCUCACUUACUCGCACAGAAAACGGUGACGGGCUGCCAUGAUACACUCCACUUGUCACUAUUAUUACAUCUGUAUCACAAACUGUAGGAGGUAAUGUAUUGUUGAUUGAUUGUUGACUUUUGGUUGCGCCACAUCUAUAAGCAUUACACAUGGCGGUACAGAUAAAGAGUGGAAAUCCUAAAAACGAAGGGUAAAACCUGGCAUCUUCUAGGUUGAAAGAUAAUAAGAACCCAUUGUGAUUACACCGGUGUCUCCUUCCAGUGUUCCAUAAAUAAAUGCUCAUGUAAUUAUGACUGCUUUAUUUCAGCAACUACGUUUACUAUUUAUUUUGUAUUGUAUAUAGUGUAUUUAAUAGAAGGUAGUGUUCAAUAAAUGUAGAAUUCAUGGCAUUUUAUUUGUCCAAAUUGUUUGUUAUUACCACCAAAAGAAUAAUGACGAUGUCAAUAGACAAUUACAUAAAUAUUGGGCAUUUACUCCUUAUUAAUUUUAAUUACAUAGAAGUUGACAAGUGAGGCAUAAACAGGUGUACAAAUGCUAUGCAU